UUUGAAUUUUUUUCCCCAGUGUUUUCAGAGAUACAAUGAAAUGAAUCGAUCCAAAGUAUUAGGCCAAGUGACUAAAACUGGCGUGUGUUUCGUCCGUUUUCGUGUCUAGUUUCAUGUUAACUUUCUGUCGGAAACAAAAUGUUGCCAUUUAAAUAAAGGAUGUAUUGCUUCAGCAUAGUUUGAUUCUACAGUGCGAUUACAUGUUUUCUAUGCAGCAAUUUUGCCGUUUGUAAAAAUGCUGACGUUGAUGACCACUGACGUUUUGACGGCAUGUGAUGCAUGAACACGUGCACGGUGCAAAAGUACAGUCAGAAAAUAUGAACUGGAAAACCCUACUUCGAUUUCACGCGUUCAGCCGUCACAAACCAGGAAGCAGUCGACAACCUGCAGCCGGAGUUUCUAGGGUUGCGGAAUUUACCUGACCUUUCGUGUUUGAAUGGGAAUCACAUGCCUAAACCUAAACAUGUCAAACCACUGGCUAGCUCUCGCUAUUUAAACUCCAAAACUAGCUCCAGACCUGAGUAUUUUCAUCGCGGUUCAAGUGCAUGUAAUUUGGAGCACAGAUCACGGUGCCAAGCGUUAAAAAGUGAAAUCAUAUAAUAGCCCACGGGUUACCGCUGCUAGAGACGAAAUGUCGGCUGUAGUGAUAGUGGACCUCUUUCACAGUCAUUGUCUCCAGUACAAUGUCUGUCUGCAGAAACGCGUCAAGACGGCAGCAACUUUCAUAGGCGAAAGGAAGUACGAACGUGUGUAUUUUAUGCUUCAAACGCAUGACCAAAAUAAUACGAGCAGCCCAAGAGAUACUACGCGAGCCCAACUACAAGAGCUCACACAAAUGAAUGAAAUUACUUGCGUAUUGGAGCACGGUUCUGUGGCCGCCUCGCUGUACUACUUCAAACAAGCAGUGGAUGAGCUCGACCAGAGCGCUGUUCUGGUCCUAACAUCCACCCGGAGGAUAGCUGAACUGAAGGCCUACCAGGAGCGCCUGUUCACCGCGCUGUACACCUUUGAGUACGCCGCGGUCUUCGACGAGUGCCCGUCCAACGCCGCGGAAGCCCCCACCGACGCCCAGGUUGAGGAGCAGGUCGCCAUUUUCGUACGCCAGCUGCCGGUCCUGAAAGGGGAGAUCUCUGUCCUUCGGUCCUCGUUAAUAUCAGACUGCUUCUCCCACGGUUUCACCACCAGGACCGGGGGGGUGUCCUGCAUCCCCUCCCUCAGCGCGCUCAACCUCUUCUGCAGCUCACGCCGACGGGACCCCAAGGCCGUCGUCGCCGAAAACCUGCGUCGCCUGGGCCUUCACGCUGGCUUCGACCCCGAGAAGUUCCACCUCAUAAAGACAGACCACGCCAGCGACGUGUGGGUGAUGGGCAAGCCGCCACCGAGCAGCUACGACGGGAUCGUGACCAACCGAGCGGGCGUGGUCAUCGCGGCGCCUGGCGCGGACUGCAUGCCCCUGCUUUUCACCGACCCCGUGGCCAAGGUCAUCGGCGUGGCCCACGCAGGGUGGAAAGGUACCUUAAUGGGGAUUGCCAUGGCAACGGUCAGCGCCAUGGUGACAGAGUUUGGCAGCAAGGUGACCGACAUCGUCGCUGUGAUUGGCCCGUCCGUCGGACCCUGCUGCUUUUCAUUGGACAAGGAGUCGGCCGAACAAUUUCACUCUAUCGACCCAUCCUGUGUCAGGGGCAGAGGGUCAGCAAAGCCACACAUCGACAUCAGACUGGCCACGAGAAUUUUACUCCAGCAAGGUGGCCUCCUCCCCCAUCACAUCCAGGACGACCGUGUGAGUGACAGGCCCAACCUCACCCUGUGCACUGCCUGCCACCCCGAACAAUUUUUCUCCCACGUCCGCGAUGGAAACCACUUCGGCACGCAGAUCGGCUUCCUGUGGAUAAAGGAGCCCAAUAACAGCCCUCUGUGAGGUCACUGGUCACAUGGCCACUGGACUUCACUCAACAUCAACGGCCAAAGGACCAGUCAUCAGUUAUACAAUUGAGUUCAUUUUAGUUAUUUAAAAAAAUUAAACAUUCUUUGGAUUUUGACUGUGCUAGAUAACCCUUUUUUAAGCUUUAGAUGGAGAUUUUAAAAAAGUUAUUAUUGUUCUUAUUUUACAAUGAUGAGAGGUUUCUGGUCUCGUAAAGCCCUUCAUUAUAGCAAAAUAGUGUAAUGUAAUAAUGUAAGGGACCUGGGGUUGUAACAUGAAGGUUGGCAGUUUGAUUCCCUGGUAGGAUGCUGCUGUUGUACCCUUGAGCCAGGUACUUAACCCGCAUUGCUUCAAUAAAUAUCAAGCUGUAUAAAUGGAUGCUUUAAAAAAGUUGUUGUGCAAGGUUGUGCAAGUUGCUCUCGAUAAGAAUGUUGGCAUUGCGAAAUGGUAUUAAGGUAACAUAAUGUACAGCAAGGGAUCCAGGCUCUGUAAAGGGAGGGAUCCAGUAAGGCUCUGUAAAGGAAGGGAUCCAGUAAGGCUCUGUAAAUGGAGGGAUCCAGCAAGGCUCUGUAAAGGGAGGGAUCCAGUAAGGCUCUGUAAAGGAAGGGAUCCAGUAAGGCUCUGUAAAGAAAGGGAUCCAGUAAGGCUCUGUAAAGGGAGGGAUCCAGUAAAGCUCUGUAAAGGAAGGGAUCCAGUAAGGCUCUGUAAAGGGAGGGAUCCAGUAAGGCUCUGUAAAGGAAGGGAUCCAGUAAGGCUCUGUAAAGGAAGGGAUCCAGUAAGGGUCUGUAAAGGGAGGGAUCCAGUAAGGCUCUGUAAUGGGCAGGGUGAAUGUGUAAGAGGACAGGUCAGGUUUAAGGGGGACAGGGCAGGUUUAAGGGGACAGGGCUGGUUUAAGGG